UUACUUGCGUAUCGCAUCUGGAUGAUCGAACGUAAUGUCUCUACAGUUCGUGCCAGGAAGAACAAUAUGAUGCCAAUUGUGCGCGUGCUUGUGGAUUCUGCUGUUUUGUACCCUGUGGCGCUCUUGAUCGCAUUGAUCACUAAUGCACUCUCGAACAAUGGACAAUUUGUUAUAUACGAAAUGGUUACGCCCAUCAUAUCGAUCGCCUUCUAUAUGGUCCUUAUUCGCGUUGCAAUCAACAGAAAACACAGUCAUCUGUCGACUAUAGGCCCGGGGAUGACUGAUUCAACAGAUCCAGGCACUUUGCAACAGUAUCCUAUGCAGCCCUUGCAAUUUUAUAGAUCCACGCACAAUGACAAUAAAGCAGUUCACGAAAUAGAGAUUGAAGGCCAGCCAUCGACAUUCGCAGCAGAGUCCCGAAAGGGCUCCCUGUCGGACUUGCAACCAAACUGAAUGUGUCGUAUCUUGUUUGUUUUGUAUUUUCCCGUAGUUUGUUUGUGCUUCUACUGUAAAUAUCACUAUCUCUGCAAUAAGCAGGAUGAUUUACAACGAUUUGAUGAGGAACUCGUCGAGGAAAUUGAUAGAGUGAUCCCGCACAAA